AUGGAGGCCUAUUCGCCCCGAACAAGCUACAACACCCUGAUUGUUGAGCCGUCACCCUCACGGCACCGAUCGCGAACGCGUCAAUACGAUAUCUCGGAGCGGAAAGUGACUAGGGCUGUCUCCCGUGCGCGGUCUAUUUCGGUCCAUGGUCGCCGCCGUGGUCGGUCAUCGCCUGUGCGCAUGGUCGAGCCCUAUGUUGAGUCCAGCAGCUCUCAUGCAGGCCCACUAAUCGUGGUGCGCCCCCGAGACAGUGACGAAGAUAUCCGUGAAUUUAUGCCAUUGGCGCGACGAAGCGGCGAAGUGACCCGGAGAACGGAGUUACUGACGGAUGGCGACUAUGAAGAGGUGAUUGAGACGAAGAAAGAUCGUAAAGGCCCCAAUCCUCGGAUUCUCCGUGCGAUGAUGGCAACCCUGACCUAA